CUGGAAUCUUGCUGUUGUAGUAUCAAGGUUAUAUCUAUUUUGGACAUUUUUGGACAUUUUCUUAUGUACCUGCAACAUGGCAAAAUCUACUGAUGCACUACAGCUUCUUCUGCGCAACUUCAAGAUGUGAAGGAUAUUUAUAUAGAAUGACAUGAUUGGGCGGUUACUAAAUUAAUCAUGUCUAUCAUAGAGGCUCAUGCAAAAUCUCCAUGUAGAUUUACUGGCAAAAAUGUGAAACCAGUUUGGGAAAAUUUAGUUCCUGGUCUGCAGCAAAGUUCGGUUGAGUAGUCUCUUGUAGUUUUCUUUCAGGCUUUCCUCUUUUUUGUUUUUCUUAUGAUCUGAUAUCAUGUUUAAAAUCAGCUUAUACUGAAGCAUUUUUUGCUGUUGUUGUAAAUGUCUGAAUAGGGUAUAUGUAGUUCAAAUUGAAGUGUAAAAAGUGUACCACAAUGCCAGUUUAGAGGCUGUGUGCCAGCACCACAGCAGGGUUAUCCUCAGUGAGAGCCCUGAAACUUCUGUGCAGGUGGCAGGCUCGAUUUGUGAAGGAAACCUCAAGCUCUGGCAUUGUAACUGAACAUGCACCAACAGGUGUGUGACAUCUGAGUGUGUGGGGCUCUAAAAGUGACAUGAAAGAGCUGACUUUUCAGACUCCUGCAGGUUUGUUCUGCAGGAUUUUUGCCUCGCCCCCCCGUCAGCUCAGUCAGACGCCGUUCUGCCAUGCCACGGUCGUUCCUCGUCAAGAGCAAGAGGGCUCAUCCGCUUGGCCCGUCCAGGGACGCCUUCAGACAACGCUGCCGGCCCCAGACAGCCGCUGACCAGCCUGGGCAGCACGCGAGUGGACAGGACAGGGGGUAUCCUGAAGAUGCUGUGCAGCCGUUGUCUCCUACGGCAGGUGUCAAAUACCUUCUGGCUGAAGCCUGCUCACCGUGGGAUGGGAUGGCAGUCCGGUCUCACGGCACCCCCCCACACGACGUUUGGCCUUCAGACAUUCCCAUCAUCAUCUUCAUCCUUCACAUUCGAACAAAAGCCCCUGUGGGGAGCAGAGACGCUCCUCUGCUGGUCACUCCUUGGUCGGCGGACAGACGCCAGGCAUCUGAAAGAGAGAGAGAACUGGAGAGGCUGGUCCUCAUGUUACUCAAACACACGUCGCACACCGACCUCAAAUCCCCCGUCAGCGACUGUCCGCUCUGUGAGAAGUCUCUUUCAGAAGUGCUCAUAUCAGGAGGUGGCCUGCAGGCUCAUGCUCGCGACACCCUCUCUGUGCCAUUCAUAAGCUCACCCACAGCCGCAGACGUGCCACACAUGCCCUUCGGCUUCGGAGCGAUAGGCAGCUAUGGCAGGGCGAAGGAGCGCAUCUUUGGCUGCAAGGUGUGUGGAAAGGUCUUCAAGCGCUCGUCCACCCUGACCACGCACCUCCUCAUCCACUCAGACACGAGGCCCUACCCCUGCCAGUACUGCGGCAAAAGGUUCCACCAGAAGUCAGACAUGAAGAAACACACCUUCAUACACACAGGGGAGAAACCGCAUGUGUGCAAGGUGUGUGGAAAAGGGUUCAGCCAGAGCUCCAACCUCAUCACCCACAGCCGAAAGCACAGCAGCUACCGGCCGUUCAGCUGCCCCUGCUGUCAGCGCAGCUUCCAGCGCAGGGUUGACCUGCAGCGCCACCGAGAGGCGCAGUGCGGAUGUGGAGACAUGUAUGCUCACAACUGAGUUUGUGAAGCAAUGCUGUGAUGGCAAACCUGGGUGAAAUGGCUUUUAUAAAUAAUUUGCAAGCAUUCAUAAAUGUAAAAAACUGACAUAUCAAUAAAAUGUG